ACAAAGUGCGUGCCAGCUGUGUUGCGUGUCCAGGGGUCUGAACUGACUGGACUAAACGUGGCAGAGAUCACUGUCCAACCAUGUGACUGAGGCUCUUGACAACAACGGGAACACGUUAAAAUAUUUGGGACCGAGCACCUGGGAAACCCGCAACAAAUCACCCUCACACCGAGCUUUUUCGUUGAGCGAGGAGCCUUUGCGGUUCCGUCAUGAUCAGGACCCUGGACAGCAGACGCGACUCGCGCGAGCACAGUCCGCUCACUGAUUCAAAGGCUCGUCCUCCUCUUCUCUCUCCAUCCUUCCUGUUCCGGAAGUGGCCCGUGCGUUGCUUUCAUCUACGUGCCAACCAUUUCAGGAGGAGAAGCAGCAUCAGCACCUGAUCCGGCCCUUCCUCUUCUCCUCCUCGGAACCGUCUCCAGCAGCCUGGUUGCUCGAGGUCCAGCGGUCGCCGCUGGAGCGCCGACGGACGCGGACCAUGGCGGAGCGGCUUGUUUUCGUGACGUGGCUUCACCGCGAGGAGACGAACUAGAACAAAAGGACGGAUGGAGGCGCGGAAGAGAAGCGACGGCAGCGGGUAGAAGCACAGGAGAUCGUUGCUGGAUGAUGACUGUUGACCAGAGUCCCAGAUGUGACCGUGUGGAUGGCGCGAGACCGCGGCUUCUCUCCUCUGGCUUUCUCCAUCUGGCGGGUUUCUGCUAUGGGUAGCGCACCAUGUAGGGCGAGCCGCGCCGCUGUCUUUCCUGAGCAGGGGCUGUGGACGGCCGUGUGGAGGAGAGCCGACUUGGUCGGGUGAUGAGUACAGCGGCGUGUCGGCCCGAAAGGCGAAAAUCUCUUAUCCGCAUUGGCUUCCGCCGCCGCGCGCGCGCACGGCCUCUGACUCACAACACUCUUAUUAGGACUGUUACCACUAACUGCUUCUUCAUCGGGGUGUCGAUGUAGCCAACCAUGUUCAAGUAUCGCAUCCGCAUGUUUUUCAACGAACUGAAGGUUCUGGUGUUGAUGCGAUCCGACUCGAGACAGGCCAGCUCAGACGCAGACCGGCGCUCCAGCAACAUGCGGGGUUUGGGGAUGGGCGGCUGCGGCUGGCCGCCGUUCGUCGACUGCCAUCCCCGGGACGAUGAGGAGGAGUACUACGGCAGCGAGCCGCGGCCGCGCAGCCUGGCGUUUGAGGACAAGGACCCCAAACUGCAAGUGGGCCUCGACGCCGUGUCUCUGACCAGCACCGCCAGCAGCCUUCGGACGCCUCAGUGCCGGAUUUGUUUCCAAGGCCCGGAGCAGGGGGAACUCCUGAGCCCGUGCCGCUGUGAUGGCUCGGUGCGCUGCACCCACCAGCCCUGUCUCAUCCGCUGGAUCAGUGAGCGGGGCUCCUGGAGCUGCGAGCUCUGCUACUUCAAGUACCAGGUCCUGGCCAUCAGCACAAAGAACCCUUUACAGUGGCAGGCCAUCUCUCUGACCGUCAUCGAGAAGGUGCAGAUCGCCGCCAUCAUUCUGGGCUCCCUGUUCCUCAUCGCCAGCAUCUCCUGGCUCAUCUGGUCCUCCCUCAGCCCCUCGGCCAAGUGGCAACGCCAGGACCUGCUCUUCCAGAUCUGCUACGGCAUGUACGGCUUCAUGGACAUCGUGUGUAUAGGCCUUAUCAUCCACGAGGGGUCGUCGGUGUAUCGGAUCUUUAAACGCUGGCAGGCUGUCAAUCAGCAGUGGAAGGUCCUGAACUAUGAGAAGGCGAAGGAUCUGGGCGAGCCGAUCGGCGCCAGCAGCAAGUCGGGCCCCAGAGGAUCCCGCGGGAACCCGCACGGCCUGGCCAGCGGCGGCGGCAGCAGCAGCGGCGCCAGCCGCCACAGCAGGAGGCUCAGGACUAUUCUCAACCACCACUGUGGAUACACCAUCUUACACAUCCUGAGCCAGCUGCGGCCCAACGACCCGCGGAUCAGCGCCGCCGCCAACAGGGAGGUGGUGAUGAGGGUCACCACCGUGUGAGGAACACACGGACAAAAGCCACUGGACGUUUCUCCCAGGUACGGAAGCUUUUGAGGGGCCCAGUGAUGCCCGGAGCAUCGACACCCAGACACUCUGGAGCAUUUCUACUCUUGUUUCAUACGAGGAAAGGAAGCCUGCUGCUCCUUUUUAAAAAGAAACACAAGGACUGAGAAAAAUGACUGAAGACGACGUGACGUAUAACUUGUGAGUGGGAACAUGUAAACAAGAUUUCUAACCGAUUUCAAGACACCUUUCUUUUCCUGUUGAAAGGCAGGCUGCGCUGAAAUGUUUUUCCCUCUCGGUUUGUUUUUAUUUCUAUUUUUUGGGUUUUGUACGGAUGUAUACUUUUUGAGGAAACCAUGUAACUCCAUACAAAGCCAAGAACUUCCAGACCAGACGUGUCAUGACCAACAGCGACACAGACGACGGGGAGCAGACUGAAACCUGAAUCGCAACAAGCCCACGAGGAGACGGAAGAGGAACCUCAAUUGAAAUAAACAUGGAGGAAAUCGCUGCGAUUUCACCGAAACUUCCUGCAAUAAUGAAACUGAUGUACAUUUCACAGGGAAUUUUGCAUGGGAAUAUCGUUUUAUUAUUCAUCACAUGACAUAAGCACACAGCAGUUUCUCUUUUUCGAAUGGUGCUUGCCAAAUAAACACUGAAAAAAAAAUAAACGCCAGAUGUUCAUUGCACCAACUUUUUUGUCAACCAGACAAAUGGACACCUGUUUCCAGCUCUUUUAGCUAAAAUACCGAUUGUUGCUGCUGUGUGCUGACUCAUAUUUGAUAAGUUGAAAAUUGGAUUAAAAUUUGGGAUCAAUGGAUCUCUAUC